GAUCUGUGCGCGACGGCAGGACUAGAUUAAAACGCGCUGAGACAUGGGGAUCACGCUCUCGGGCUCGCAGUUGCUGUGUGCGCCGCUGGCCUGGCACGCGAGUGCUGCGUCGGUUGGGAGACAAAAGCGCUCCGGCCUCUUCCGGGGGUAACUACGCGCAGGGCGCUGCAGCAAGGGCUGCUUCACUCGAGCGAGCCCCUUUCCACACGUUAGUGGAGCCGCGGAGCUAGUCACCGCGCACACAGCGGGCAGCUCGGCAGCCCGCUGCGGCGUCCGCGUGCAAACAUGGCCGUGGCUGGCCAGGGAAGCGCCUUCGGCGCGGGGAGGUGAAGGGACGCCCCCGAAGGACAGAGCUGCCUGUUGCUUGAUGGUACCAAGCGGCAGCCGCCACGGGGCGCAGGGGGUCAUUUCCCCGCCUCACGCAAGGCCUCACUCCCCCCCGCAAUAACCCACCGCGCACCCCCGGGCAGAGAUGGGGCCUGCCGGGCUGGGCCGAGCCGCCUUGGCAGCAGCGGCGCUCUCAACCAGCGCCGCUGGGAACUGGCUUUACAGGAGGGGCGGGGGAGGCCGCGAACGGCUCCGCUUCAGCUUCUUCCACACAGACGUAUUUCAAAUCUUAACGGCUGCUGCUCGGCCAGUUAUUGAAUGAGGGAGCAGGAGCAGGGCCUAGCGCUGCGCCCCCUCCUGACGGGGACCGAGGUGGAGAACGCAGUUACUAACCUUGCCCCGCCCCCAUCGGAGCGGGGCAGCCUCAUAAACGUCUACAGCGGCCCUUCCGGCCCACCGCAAUCCCUACUCGCGCGGUGCAUUUGGGGAGCUGUAGUUUUCCAGCCCUCCCCGCCCUUACCGACGCUGCAAUGAUAGAAACUACAGCUCCCAUGAGCGCCCUGCGGCGGGAGCCCGCAUGCGCAUUGUGGAGCAGAGCCGCAGGCUGGGUGCUGCUGUUGUUACAUAGGAAACAGCUGAAAAGUCCCCACAUGACAGUGGGGGAAGGAGGAAGCGGGGUGACCCGGGGGAUGGACGUGGCUUUUACAGAGUGAGGCGCUUGGCCGCCGCAGGGAGUCCCCCAGCAGCCUCGGGCCCCGAUUCGAGUGGAGGGGGGCCGAGCGGGGAUCUCGCUGUGCCCCUUGAAGGAGCCCUUGUUUGCCCUUGGGGGAGGGGUUGUGCCCCCUGUUGCGGGGGCUCUGUCUGCCGAGGGCCAGGGGGACGGAGGUGACCCUCAAGGGGAGGAUCGUGCCCCCGCAGGAGACGCUGCCUCUCUCUGGGGCGGCUGCUGAUGGGGCAGGUUUAAAUCCCUCCCUUGCAGCCAAGCGCACAGACAGCGGGGAAGUUUGAUUCAGUCCGGGCGGCAGGGACGGAUCCUGCUCCUCUGCCGGACAAAGGGGCGGCGCAGGCGGGUGAGGAGCCCGGGCGGGUCGGGGGCUUCCUCUGCUGGGAUCGGGACUCUGCUGGGGCAAUGAACGGGUUCGCCCCCGAAGAGGUGACCCAGAGAGGGGGGGAUGCUGUCGCCGCCACCGUCGUUGCUGCUGUUGUGGCCAAUGCAGCUGCCACCGUGGAGGUGCCGGCGCCGGGGUUAGGUCCCGGCGCUGCCCCAGGUGCCGCCGCCGCCGCCGGUUCCGCAGGGGCCCCCGGUGGUGCUGGCCCUGGGGCUGGGCAGCUGUGCUGCCUGCGAGAGGAAGGUGAGAGGUGCAGCCGAGCCGCCGGUAACGCCAGCUUCAGCAAGAGGAUCCAGAAGAGCAUCUCGCAGAAGAAGGUGAAGAUCGAGCUGGACAAGAGCGCAAGACAUCUUUAUAUUUGUGACUUCCACAAAAACUUAAUUCAGAGUGUGCGAAACAGAAGAAAGAGAAAAGGCAGUGAUGAUGAUGGUGACUCACCAGUGCAAGACAUUGACACUCCAGAGGUUGACUUAUAUCAGUUACAAGUAAACACACUUCGAAGAUACAAAAGACACUUCAAGUUACAGACCAGACCAGGACUUAACAAAGCACAGCUUGUUGAAAUAAUUGGUUGCCAUUUCAGGACUAUUCCAGUGAAUGAAAAGGAUACCUUAACAUAUUUCAUCUACUCAGUGAAGAAUGACAAGAACAAACCAGAUCUAAAGAUGGACAGUGGUGUUCACUAGGACGGAAAAAAUGGGACUAAUACUCAAGUUGCAGAUCUAAAGACUGUUUUUGACAUGCAGAAGCUUUCUUUGUAACUUUUUUCAGAGAACUUGUCUCUGAUUUUAUUUUUCAUGGUCUUGCUGACUCACUGAAAAACAACUUCCUCUCAAAUGAGAUUUCCUCAGCAAAAGUAUUUUAAAUAAAUAUUAUUAAUACUGUU